AGCGUGCGUGCGUGUGUGUGCGCUGCACUUGUUGUGUGAGCAGUGUGCCGGAUGCUUAAGAAAAGAAACUGUCCUGUAAAAAAGAGAAGAGGGUAGGAUACGGAAUAAACGGUUCGAAGCUGAAAUGAUGUGAUGUUUCUUUAAAAAUGACAGAGAUUAUUCAUCCUGCGUUUGGCUGUAUCUGCUCCAUGACAUACCAGGCAUGACCCUCUUACAGCACAGAUAAACCUGUGUCCUCCAGAUUUUAACCAUCUCCAGUUAUCACUUCAGCCACAGAACAAAAGAUGGAAGAAAUCGAUUCUGUGAGAUUCAAGCCCUUGCUAGAAGAUUCAAAUGUCCCGUCGACAUACUCUGCUGACACCAUCAAUAUUGAUGAUGGGUGUUAUAAUGCACUACGUGAAGAUCUGGAAGCAGAUGCUCGGGACUUUGAAGCUCCCACCUGGAGUUUAGCUGUUGACCAGCAAUAUUUAAAAGAGUAUUCCAAAGAGCACAUUAAAAGACAAGACGUAAUACAUGAGCUGAUUCAGACAGAAAUAAACCAUGUGCGGAUGCUAAAGCUGGUUUUGGGUGUAUAUGUGCGGGAACUGCGUGAGACCCUGCAAAUGGACGAGAUGCAGCUGGAAAGACUGUUUCCACAGGUGGAUAACUUGCUGCAGCUGCAUCAGCUUUUCCUCAGCCGCCUUAAACAGCAAAGAAUUGAAUCUUUGGAGCCAGGCAGUACCCAGAAUUACUGCAUCCACAGUAUUGGAGAUAUUCUUAUCACACAGUUUUCAGGUCAAAUAAGAGACAGAAUGCAACACUGCUAUGGAGUGUUCUGCAGUCACCACACCGAUGCAGUCAACUUCUACAAAGACUUAAUGCAAAACAGCAAGAAAUUCCAGAGUUUUAUACGAAAAAUAUGUCAGCUGUCUAUCAUGCGGAGAUUAGGAAUACCAGAGAUAAUUCUUCUUAUAACACAGCGCAUCACAAAGUAUCCAGUUUUAUUUGAACGUGUAAUUAAAUACACUGAAGUUGACUCAGAAGAGCAUAGGAACCUGGUACAAGGUCUGGAACUGCUGAAAGACACCAUCUCACAAGUAAAUACCCAUGUUGAUGAGUUUGAGAAAGCAGCACGGCUGAGGGACUUGAGCAGUAAGCUGGAGCCCAAGUCCCAGGUCAAGACGACCCACGGGAGAGUGUUCCGCAGAGAGGACAUGCUGCAGGGCGAGAGGAGGCUGCUUCAUGAGGGCGUUCUCAACUGGAGGCUAACAUCUAACAAAAGCAAAGAUGUCCUUGUCUUGCUGUUGUCAGAUGUUUUGCUGCUGUUACAGGAGAAAGAUCAGCGACUUACCUUUGCCUCUCUGGAUGGCAAACCUGUGGUGAUCUCACUGCUGAAGCUGAUCGUGCGUGAAGUGGCUCACGAUGAGAAGGCCUUGUUUCUGAUCUCAGCCUCCUCAGACAAUCCAGGAAUGUAUGAGUUUCAAACGUCCUCCGGAGAGGAGCGCAAAACCUGGAAAGAACACAUCUGGACGGCUGUGGAACGCUGUCCUGAAGAGGAGAAAGAGGAGCCAGAAGAACUGCCAGAGAGGAUCUGGAACUUUCAAAAGGAGCUUUGUAUGCAUGAUGCCUUGAUAGAGCAGCUCCUUACAGAGAAGCAGAGUUUAUUCUCCAGCUUCACGGCCUAUGGGACAGGUGUUACUGACAUCUCACCGAGUGAGCGCCAUCUGCUGCGUGGGAAUGUAGCAGAGCCCCUGCAGGGAGAACAACUCCUCGCUGGAGUCGUAAAAGAUGUGGAGAUUUUACAGAACACGCUGGUAACAUGUGAGCAGGGCCAAACUCCUUCCUCUGGUGAGGGGAUAGAUCUGGUCCCACUAUCCAAGAGACUGGGUGCUUUAACAGGCUUUGACAGUGAUGCCUGCAUGCAGCCAGGAAAUGGUAUUGGGAGUUUAAUGGAAAGACAGCGAGACAGAAGUCAGUGGGCCAACUCGGACCAUGAUGAAAACCUGGAGCUGUCGGCAGAUGAGGAGAUAACUCCACAAAGCUGUAGUGCGUAUCCUUCAGACUUUCCUAAAGCAGAGCUUUAUGACACUGUAACUAAAUUGUCUCAGAAGCUUUACAGCCUUCAGUCCGUCUUCCAGCAGCAAGAGAGCCACAUAGAGGUACAGCAUGCCACUAUUGAGGAGCUGAUGUCCCGACCCCGGGGAAAUACUCUCCUGGAGAAGGAAAAGCAACGGAACUUGGAAAAGCAGCGCGAGGAGCUGGUCAACUUCCAGCGGCUCCAGAAUCAGCACCGACAGGAGCAGGUGCAAUGGGAGCAGGAAAGAGAGCGGCAGAGGGUGCAGGCGGAGGUCAGGGAGAUGGAGCUGAGGGACAGAGAGCUGGAAUGCAGCAAACAGGAGAAAAAUCUGGCAGAGGAUAAACAGGAA